UCCAAAUUAUAUUCGUUAUCCCAAAUAACUGGAUUUAAAAUAUACUUCCCUUAAUAUUGCAGUCGUUCGCGGACAGGAUCCCUGCGUGAACGUGGUCCUCACGGAGGAUGCCGCGGCAGUGCUCAGUGUGGCUCUGGCUGCCACCUGUAUGGGCUUGUCCUCAUACUCCGGUUCGCCCAUUCCGGAUGCCGUGGGUUCGCUACUAGUCGGUUGCAUGCUCGGCGGAGUAGCUUCCUUCAUUAUCUAUACCAAUGUGGCCGCUCUGGUGGGACGAUCCAUUCGGCAGGAGAAUCUCGACCGGAUAAACGCCGAACUGGAGAGCGACAUCAUGAUCCGGGCGAUUCACGACGUCAAGGGUAUCGAUAUGGGCAACUCGUUGGUUAGGUAUAAGGCUGAAAUGGACUUCGAUGGUCGAGAGCUAACACGUGUGUAUCUAGACAAGCAGGAUCUAAACAUCUUGCUGGAGGAAGUUAAAACGUUCCAAACCAUUGACGAGCUGGAAGCGUUCCUCCUGAAACACGGCGAGAACAUUGUGGAUUUGAUGGGAGGCGAAAUCGAUAGAAUUGAAAUGAAACUAAGGAAAAAGUUCCCCGAAAUACGGCACUGUGAUCUGGAGAUCUUGUAAGUAUGUUACGCUUCCUUUUUGUUACCGGCUCCUGUCCCUGUCUUGUAUCGGUUUAAAGUGAGUAUUUCAAGCAAGCAACUCGAACGAACGAAAGAUUGGCAAGUCUGAGUUUAUUUUACCUCGAUAGAUAUAUUUUUACGUAUUAAAGGAGAAGCUAUGAAAUAAAACAGUAAUUCCAAAUUCGAAUCAAAAUGUAAUGUAAAUCAGCACUCAAUAGUCUAGAGGUGAUAACACUGUGGCACCGAUACGAGUGUAGAAGAAUAAUAAAUUAUUGUGCUUACUAGUACUUAACUGACAACUCACAAAAACACUCCGACGGAGCUUAACCGAUGCCGAUCCAUGUAAAAGGUUCCAAUUUGGGCAAAUCGUGAAUGAAGACAAAGAUAUAGGCAAUGUGCAGCACCACGGCGGACCGAUUUCCGUUACUGAAUGUUCAAACUUGUUCCCUAUCGUUAUACUAAAAACCAGUGUAUCAAAACAAAAACUGCAAACUUAUGAAAUCACGCAACUCUAAUAGGAAGACAGUGAGACAAUAUCUAGUUAUUUUGGCGCGAUAAUACAUAUUUCACUGCAAACAAAAAUUACUGAAUAACUAACGA